GCGCCUCCUCCCAUCCCUGGCACUUCUCCUUUUCACCCAAGUGCUGUGCGCUUUUACGCAAGGCUGCAGUGACUGUGCGGCCACACUGGAGUGUCAUGCAGGUCGCUGUGUCUGCGUUUGUCCACCAUAGGCUGCCUCGGGAUGUUUCUGCUCUCCGUGAUGCUGUUGGUCCUGUGGGGGGAGCGGUGCCGGUGUGUGUUCGAGGACGCUGGCUCUGCCACCUUCGACGGUGACGUCCGCGUCUACGCCGUUGCCACAAACACGGUUUACGUGGCCACGAACGAAAGGCUGUACCAGCUGAACCAUGACUUGACCCUGAACCAGAGCUUGACUCUAAAAGGAAUCCUGAAGAAUAGGAAACCGCAGCAAGGUGUGAUCCUGUUCACUCGGGUUCCGGAGGCGACGUUUGCUAACGGUACUUUCAGAAUCAACGUGCUGUUACCGGUGGAGGGGGCGAACUCCGUGAUCAGCUGCGGGGCGACUAACAAUAAGUGCGGCCACUGUGAGAUUCUGGACCAGAGCAACAUCUCCAUCCUGCGGUACAAUGAGACCAUUCAGGUGGGUCCUCUGGAGUGGGACCGGUGCAGCUCAGCUGUGGCACCAACAUCCGUGGCGAUCCUAGUCAAGGUAACGCGAACAGCGGGGAAGACUGACACUUAUAUUCUGACCGCCAUCGGUCAGAGCGAGUCGUGCACCAGCAGCUGCGCGUCCGACGCCAAGACCAUCAACCUCCAGAACACGGACUACAGUAAACCGGAUGAGAUAUUUUCAUUCAGUGGUGAUCACGAGACUAAUUUCGUCGUACAUAAAGGUGGCGAGGUGGAGUUCGUGGACGGGUUCCAGGUCCACUCCACCAUCUAUGUGCUCUCUAACCUGGGCAACAACGUGCGUCUGCUUUGGCUCGAAGGCAGAAUCAGUAAGAGCCACGUAAUGCGCUCGCUGAGGGGGGCCACACUUGUUGUCGAUGGCUCUGCUGGUCAAACCCACAGACUGGUGGCGUCCUCGGUGGUCCCAGGCGCGGACCAGGUGCUGUGGGGCGGCGUGUUCAGCUCAAGAGGCAACACGGAGCUGGUGCUGUUCGACAUCACCCCGGAUAUGUCCAUAAUUCCUGAUAAAGAUCCAGACUUCUGCAGUCAAUGUACCGCCCACAACCCGUCUGUGCCUAAGAUACUGAGGCCCAGGGCAGUGCUGCUCAGGAAGAACAACAUGACCUCCGUGCUGGCUGUGAGGAACAAGGCCUGGAUGGUUUUCUUCAUCGGGAUGGAGGAUGGACAACUCAUCAAGCUUGCAGUGGACAAACACCUUCGCAUUUCCUGUGCCAUCGUGCUGUACAGAGCCAGAGACGACCGCCGGGUGUUCCACCAAUUACUAAUGGACCAGGUGGAUCAUCGACACAUUUAUGUUCCGCUGGGAAACGAGAUGAGGCGUGUACCUGUGUCCAGAUGCAGCACAUACACGGAUGUGCACGACUGCUGGUCUGCACAGGAUCCACACUGUGUCUGGUGCGGCUCCAAGACCAGCUGCACUUUUGUAGAUGACUGUUCAGAUUCAGACUGGGUUUCCAUUCCUGACGACUUACAGCAGAGAAUGGUUUCUUACGGUACUGCAAGGGAGGAGGCGACAGGCCAGAUCACUCUGAACAUCCAGACACAUGUGACUGCAGGCCCGCGGGCCAUGUCCAACUUCACCUGUGAGUUUGCGGCUGAGUCCAAUUCACCCUGUGACCAGGGUGGACCUCCUCCACAUUUCCCAGAAUGCAUCUGUACCCUGAGAAAUAUCACCCUUCCCUCUAAAGGCCUGAAGAUCACGGUGAGGAUCAGACUUGGGACAAUAAUGUUGUUGGAACCGGUGGUGCUGAACAACUGCUCCGACAUAACAGGACCUCCAAGUGUUGUUCUGUGCCAGAGAUGCAUUAGAGCUGGAUGUGACUGGAGCAAAAACAAGUGUUCGUGGGCAAAUCAAGGAUCCACAAAUGAAAGCGUUUGCCAAACGGUACCAGGGAAGAACUUUUCUGUAAGUGGCGACUUUUCUUCUGUCCUCCUGGACAUGGAGCUGAAGUGGAGGCUAAAAGCUAACAUUAAUCAUGUUACGUGUGUGUGUGUGUGUGUGUACACCGCCUGCAGGCCACAGGAACUUUACAUAUGGAACAACACAGGAGUGAAUCUGACCUUCCACAUUCCGAGGACUGACAUUACAGGCGUGGCCAGCGUGUGUGCUGUUCUGCCGGAUGGUAGCUGCCGUGGCAACUUUGAAGUCACCUACAAGUCGCUACCUUCCUGCACUGACAUUAAACCGAGCAGCACGUGGCUCAGUGGGAGGAGGAACGUCACACUCAAAGGCUCAAAGCUGGACCUUGUGGAUGGGAUCACACAGAGCAACGGAACACAAGAAGCCAGGAUUCAGACAAACCGCAGUCAUUUGAGAAUCACUUACGAAACACUGGCAGCUGGAAACUCUCAGUCCACCUUCACUACAACUGUCUUUCUGAAAGUAGCCAACGAGACAGUGCUCUGUUCAAAGAAGCUCACCUACUACCCCGAUCCAACCUUCACCAGCUUCAAACCCUCCAGAUGGGGCAGCAGCAUGUACAUCACCAUUGAGAAAAAGCCUGACAGUCUGUCGAUGACCACCGGGGACUUGUCGGCCUGGGGGGUCCACAAGGAAAAACUCUUCCCCUGCAUCAUGAAGGACAAAGAUAAUAAGAAUGGCAACGAACUUUUCAUCUGUGAAAUAAUCGAAACAAACAAGGUUGAGUUUAGGCAGUUGUUGAUUAGGUUCGGGGACCGAUCGGUGACAUUGCACCUGAACUCAUCCCUGCAGUUCUUGUGGCUGCUGCUCGUUCUGGUGCCGAUCCUCUGCUUUACCGUCGUUCUGUUGCUGAUCUACCGACGCAAACAGCAGAUGUUAACGGAUAGAAUGAACCGAUUGAUGGAGAACCUGGAGCUCGACAUCAGGAAUGACAUCAGACAAGGUUUUGUGGAUCUGCAGACGGAAACGGCCGAGCUGAUGGAGAACGUUGGCGCCAUCCCUUUCCUCGACUACAAACAUUUCGCCUGUAGAAUCUUUUUCCCCGAGGGUGAAGCUCUGCUGACGCUGUGCAUCACAGACAUCAGUCAGGACACUGUGAAAGUUCAGCUCGACGAGUGCUGCCGUGCUUUGUCCCAACUGAUCCACGAUCAGCUGUUUCUCAGGUCUAUGGUGCACGCUCUGGAGGAGCAGAAGAGUUUCAACGUCAAAGACAAAUGCGUCCUGGCGUCUCUGCUAACGGUCACGCUCCACAGUGACCUGCUGUACCUGACGGAGGUGAUGGAGGUUCUGCUGAGGGACUUGAUGCUGCAGAACAACAACACUCAGCCCAAACUUCUGCUGCGACGCACCGAGUCCAUCGUGGAGAAACUGUUGACCAACUGGAUGUCCAUUUGUCUCUACGGCUUCCUCAGGGAGUCCGUUGGCCAACACCUGUUCCUGUUGGUGAGCGCGCUCACGCAGCACAUCAACAAAGGCCCCGUGGACUGUGUGACCCAGAAGUCUCUGUACACACUCAGUGAGGACUGGCUGCUGUGGCAGGCCCAGGACUUCAGCUCCCUGAAGCUAAAAGUGCUGUUUGCUGUGGGCAUUGGCGGCGAGGUCAGCGAGCCUCUGGAGGUCAACUGUCUGACCUGUGACACGGUGGAUCAAGUCAAGGAGAAAAUUUUGUCCACCUUCAGGGCCAAGUUUGGUUUCCCCUACAACAUGCCCCUCAAAGACAUCCAUAUUGAGUAUGAGAACGACGGGAGCUUCGUUCCCCUGGAGGAGGUCGAUAGAAGAUCUGAGGUCAUGGGGGACGUGACGAUGCUCAACACAAUGAAGCACUACCAGGUUCCUGAUGGAGCGACGGUCAAAGUUCUCUCUAAUAAAACUCAUCCUCCUCUGAGUCCACAGGGAAGUGUGAAAGAUGAUGAGAAUUUCACGGGGAAAUAUUUCCACUUGAUUGAUCCUGAUGUGGUCGAGGACCAACAGCAGGACCUGGAGAGGAAGAAGUUAAAAGUGAAGGAGGUUCACCUCACCAAGCUGCUCUCCACGAAGGUGGCGGUGCACUCCUACGUGGAGAACCUGUUCAGGUCCAUCUGGGGGACUCAACAGGGCAAGGCGCCGCACGCCAUCAAGUACUUCUUCGACUUUCUGGACAAAACGGCGAACGAGAUGAAGAUCAGCGACCCAGAUGUUCUGCACAUUUGGAGGACCAACAGUUUACCACUUCGCUUCUGGGUGAACAUCCUGAAAAACCCGCAGUUUGUGUUCGACAUGGAGAAGAGUCCACAGUUGGACGGAUGUCUGUCGGUCAUCGCCCAGGCCUUCAUGGACUCCUUCUCCCUCAGUGAGACCCAGCUGGACAAGAAUACACCGACCAACAAGCUUCUCUACGCCAAAGACAUCCCCAAGUUCAAACAGGAAGUGAAGGAGUACUACAACCAGGUCAGGCGCCAGCAGCCAAUCACAGACUCAGGAUUCAAGGCCUUUCUGCAGGAGGAGUCAAAGAAACAUCAGAAUGAAUUCAACGAGCCAGCGGCUCUGAGAGAGAUCUUCAAAUUCAUCCAGAGAUAUUUCACACAGAUACAAGUGAAACUGAACCAGAACGGAGCCCCCACUGAGCUGAUGGAGCAGCUGACCCACGUCAGGGACCUGUUUUAUGGACUGAAGAGCUGCUCCUGGAGCUGAGCUGCUCCUGGACAACAGAUAACACGGUUUUUAGACUUUUCUACUGCUAACAUUCAAAAACAGUCUCAGGGCUGAGGAGACACCGGGUGACGACGUCGGUGCUCUCUCAGGUGUUGUCGUUGUUCAGGCUGUAUGUAAAUACACCAAUAAAUGUUGUUGAUAUGCCGUAA